AUGGCGGAGCUACCGGAGAUCGACAUGGCGUACGACUGCGACGUCUACGAGCCGGCGGAGGACACGUUCCUGUUCCUGGACGCGCUGCAAGACGAACUGCCCAAGCUGGUGGCGCUGGACCCCGCGAUCUGCGUGGAGAUCGGGUGUGGAAGCGGCGCCGUGUUCGUGUACUUGGCGACGCAAUUGCAGAAGUUGGGGACGAGAGCGAUGUUCCUGGCCACGGACAUCAAUCCGCUCGCGGCGGGGGUCGCUCAACAAACCGCCAAGAACAACGGGGCGGAAGCGUUCGACAUCGUGCGCACCGACUUGCUGCAGUGUUACGAGCCACGGAUACAGGGACAAGUUGAUGUGCUGCUGUUCAAUCCACCGUAUGUGCCGACUCCAUCGGAGGAGGUCGGAUCCACGGGUAUUGAGGCAGCGUGGGCUGGCGGUCUACACGGACGUGAAGUGAUUGAUCGCCUGCUGCCGAAGAUUAGCGCUUUGCUGUCGCCUCGUGGGGUCUUCUACAUGGUCGUCGUGGUCGAGAACAAACCCAAUGAAAUCGCUGCUAUACUAGCCAAGGACGGUUUCGAGAUGACGGUGCGCUAUCAUUCCAAUGUGCUUUCCUCUCGUACGACGCAACUGCUCUAA